AAUUUAAUUUACCAACAGAACCAUAUAAUGAACAUGUUGCUCUGGCUCCCAGAAUACCCAACAUUCCAACCUGGAUGGGACCAAGAACAAGUUCAUGCCACAUUCUUCAAGUGCAUCAGUUGGCAAGUGGAGGAAACCUUGGACACUGUCAACUGCCCUUACCACUAUUUCUGUGACAAAACACACCCUUCAAACUACCCUCUUCUUGUUGAUGUCUUGGUGCUUCUCUUCGCAGCAGCUUCUUAUUUAAUGACCCUUGUGACAGUGAUUAUGGACAUGAGUUCUGGAAGAGGGAGAAUCUUUCUGAGUCAGUCAAAAAGAUUCCUUUUGCCAUCUGGGCCAGUGUCCCUUCCAAUUAUAAUCUUGGCCUUUGCAAAGGGUCCUCAAAUCAACACAGUAUUCCCACUCUCUUGCCUUGGUCCUGCAAUUCUUCUCAUGGUUCUCAUCUCUGCAUUGUCCUUUGACAGUGCAGCUGAUAAGGACUUCAAGUACACAUUCUUUGUGGCAUCAACAGUGUCUGGCAUUUUGCAUGCAAGCUUGUAUCUGGAUUCUGUUGUGCUGCCUUAUUACACAGGUUUUGAUGCACUCAUGUCCUCAACAUUUUCAGGUGAGUGUGCCUCUUGUGUGUGCAGGAAAGAGGCCUUGGUUGUGGGAGGGAAACUUGUGAGGUACAGGGGUUGGUCCAUGACCACAUUUUUUGUUGUGGGGGUGUUGUGUUUGAGGAUUGUAUGUAAAAUCUCAGCAGAAAAUUAUGCAGGGAAAUUGCUGUUUAUCAAAGAGUUGAUGGAAAAGUUUUGCUGGAUCUUGAUCACUGUGGAUUGUGUUUACCUAACUCUGAACUCACCACCAGAAAGAGUUGUGUUGAGAGUUGCUGCUUUUGGAGGCAUUUUUCUUUUGAUUUUCCUUCAUGUCCUCAGAGAGGCAUGCAAUCAAAUUUACUCCAUGGCUUAUUUGGCACAAAAGUUUAGAUGGAUGUCAUCAUCAUUGGAAACAAUAUGAAGAAAAAAGCUAUUGUUGUAAAGUACAUGAUGUUGCAUAACAUGCUCUUGCAAUCAUGUGCUUAUUCA